AAAUUUGUCGUGACACGGGCCUUUGUUCAUCGCCAUCUUGCUUUCUUGUUGCUACUCAGCGGUGUUGUGCCUUUUGUGGACUACAUUUCUAAACAAGAUGGCAUCCAAACGGUCGGUGGCUUCGAAUGCUUUCCCCAGCGAACCGAAGCGCCGAAGGAAAACUCUGACCAUUAUUGAAAAGGUGGAACUCCUCGACAUGCUGAAGUUAGGUCAAAGCUACACGAGUGUCGGCCGCCAUUACGGAAUCAACGAGUCGACAGUUCGCUGCAUAAAGAAGGAGGAAACAAACAUAAGGGCGACGGCAGCCAUUACUCUUAAUAGAAAUGCGAAGAGGGUGAUGACUCCGCGAAAUAAGACCAUUGUGAAGAUGGAGUCUGUACUGGCCGUGUGGAUAAGCGAAUGCAAGAAUAAUAACAUCCCGCUGGACGCCAACAUCAUCCGCGCGAAGGCGAAGAAUAUAUAUGAAGAUUUUGCUCAAAAUGAUGACGGUGACGACGCCGAAGAAGGUACAUCGACUUCAUUUCUUGCCAGCAAGGGCUGGUUCGACAAGUUCCAGAGACGCUUUAAAGGCGUUUCUCUGCAUAGAGAAGAUGCCUCGGUGGAUUACGCCGCAAUUGAGGAAUUUGUCCACUACACGUUUAAAACUCUAAUCCGAGAACAAAGCUACCAGCCCGAACAAGUUUUCAACAUGGCCGAAACUGGUUUAUUUUGGAAAAGGAUGCCGUCUCGCACUUUUAUUAUGAAGGAGGAAGCCAAGGCUCCUGGAUUUAAGGCUCAAAAAGAUCGCUUGACUUUAGUUAUGUGCGGGAAUGCUGCCGGCUUUAUGAUAAAGCCAGGGAUUAUUUAUAAAUCCGAAAACCCAAGGGCCCUGAAAAAUAAGAAUAAAAACGUGUUGCCAGUGUACUGGAUGCAUAAUCCAAAAGCCAGGAUGACAAACUCCCUCAUCUCAAAUUGGUUCCACCAGUGUUUUAUCCCGGAAGUCAGACUAUAUCUGGCAGAGAAAGGCCUCGAAUUUAAAGUACUUUUGCUCUUGGAUAAUGCUGAAGGCCACACUGUCGAUUUGUCGUUUGAUGGCGUGCACAUUGAGUUCUUGCCCCCAAACACCACGUUGCAAAUUCAGCCCAUGGAUCAAGGUGUUAUUCGUGCAUUUAAAGCUCUUUACACACAAAGUAUCCUGCAAAACCUUGUCGAUGCAAAGGACUCUGACAAGAACUUCACACUAAAGGCGUACUGGCGUGACUACACCAUUGUGUCGUGUCUCCUAAUUAUACAGAGAGCCUUAAGUGAGAUCAAGAGUGAAACAUUAAAUGUGUGCUGGAAAAAGGUGUGGCCGGAAGUGGCGCACGACAAGGGAUUGUCUCCUGAUGAAGUCCAUCGCUGUGCAGUGGACAAGGUUGUGAAGCUGGCAAAAGUACUGCGAGGAGAGGGCUUCAAUGACAUGACUUCUGUUGACGUAAAUGAGCUGAUCGACGCCCACUCACAACCUUUGUCAGAUGAAGACCUGAAGGAAUUGAUGACGUCUGCAAGGGAGGAAGAGGAGCAAGAGCAAUUGGGCGUUGAGGAGGACGCGGAGGUUGGUCUGACACUGGAUCGCCUCGCAGCCAUGGUCAGAAUGGCCAAAGAAGUACAGCAGAUGGCACAAGAAUGGGACCCCCACAUGCUUCGUUCGUUGCAGUUUUCAAAUACCAUCGAGGGUGGCAUGAUUGUUUAUAAAAACCUUCUUGCCCAGUUGAAGAAGAAGCAGCAACAACUUCCAGUCACUACGUUGAUCACGCGUCAGAAGAGGUCAAUUACCGACGUCAUUGAGGGACAUCUUUCCCAUCAGCCACAGGAGUGGAGCCCCAGACAGAAGCCAGAGGAGCCACAGCCCCCACAUAUUAAAAAGGAAGAGGAGGAACACUGCAUCAUUCCGAAGGGAGAGCAUUUUGAAGGUUUCGAAGUGUUCCCAGUGAUUGAUGCCUUUGUGAAGAGUGAGGAUGAUCAAGAAGAAAGUGGAGGAUCACAUUUGGACAAUCUCUUAACCCCGAUAUCAGAUGACGACACAAUGUCACACUUUCCUGACACAGAUGGUGAAGACUCUAAAGCUAAUAUGUCAUGUGAAACUAACAACACACAAUACACACUGGAGAGAAACCUUUUUCCUGUUCAGUGUGUGGUAUAGGUUUUGCGUGAUAACAAAAUUUGUAAGAACAGACUGGACAAAACCCGUUUAUAUGCUCAGUGUGUGGUGACAGAUUCACACAGAAAGAAACUACAUACACUGAAUUAAAAAAAACAAAAACACUUGUGUUCAAUCUGCAAUAAACCGAAGAACACUUUAGCACA